AUGGCGUCGCUCCUAGCGCCACCGCAAGCGCAGAUGAGCAGCCUCUCGCUCGCUGCGUCGAGAUCUCAAAAUGUCCUCUCUUCGUCUGCCUCCGUCUCUUUCCGCGGUACAGCCAUCUCCGCUCCCCGCCGAAUCGCCGCCACGGCGACUCCCUCCGCCGUUGCGGUGCGCGCGCAGGCUUCCGCCGCUGCCGCUGACGCCGCCGCGCAAGAGCGGUUCCGCCUGAACAACCUGGCUCCCCAGCCGGGAUCCCGGCGCCAGGAGAAGCGCAAGGGGCGCGGGCACGCGGCAGGCCAGGGCGCCAGCUGCGGGUUUGGAAUGCGCGGGCAGAAGUCCAGGUCCGGGCCAGGCGUGAGGUUCGGGUUCGAGGGCGGGCAGAUGCCCCUGUACCGGCGGCUGCCAAAGCUGAAGGGCAUUGCGGGUGGCAUGGGCGCGGGUCUGCCCAAGUAUGUGACGCUGAACGUGGGGGAUUUGGAGGAGAUGGGGCUGGAGGAAGGUGAAGAGGUGUCCCUGGAGAGCCUUGUUGAGGAUGGGAUUCUCAACCCCUCUGGCCGUGACCGCCGGCUGCCUCUCAAGAUCUUGGGUGAUGGCGAAAUUUCCACCAAGGACGAGACCAUUCUGUCUGCCGCGAUUGACGCUGGCCUGGACCUGCCCCACGACUGCAAGCUCGGCGUGUGCAUGACGUGUCCCGCGAAGCUGAUCUCGGUCCUUCCCAAAUCCUUUCUCUCCCAGUCUCCGUCUCCGCUACUGCGUCUCCCCCUCUUGGUAUCCGCUGCUCCGUUUAUCCCUCUCCGUCUCCCCCUCUCCGUUUCCCUCUCUGUCUCCCCCUCUUUCUCUCCACCUCUUCGUCUCCCCCUCUCCGUCUCCCAACUCCGUCGCCCCAACUCCGUCUCCCCCUCUCCGUCUCCGCCACUCCAUCUUCCCAACCCCAUCUCCCCAUCUCCGCCUCCCCCUCUCCGUCUUGUCCACUCCGUCUCCCACUCCUCUCUCGCUCUCCCUCUUCCCCUCUCCGUCUCUCCCUCUCCGUCGCUCCCUCUCCGUCGCUCCCUCUCUGUCUCUUCCUCUCCGUCUCCCCCACUGCGUCCCCCCUCUCCGUUCCUCCCUCACUGUCACCCCCUCUCCAUCACCCCCUCCCCGCCUCCAUUCCUCCCUCUCUGUUUUCCCUCCCUGUCUUCCCCUUUCCGUUUUCCCCAUAUUCUCUCCUGUGUGUCGCGCCUGUUGCUUCCAUAG